UGUCUGACCGUAAUCUCUUCCGUGGCUCCUCUGAAAAUAAUCUCCCCCCUUUUCUCUCUGCGUUUACCUCAAUUGAGUUUCCCGUCCUUUUGUUUGCUGUCCUUAUCACUUGGAAAAGGUGAACCCUCGUGUUAUUUUUAUUUUAAUCUUUGCUUUAAUUGUAGUUUUUACCCUUGUGGUCCCUGAUGGCUUCGCACAGUGAUACUCUGGUGGUGUUCUUUGGGGCAACAGCUGGUGCAAAUGGGGGUAAACUGGGUUCGGAUGAGAGGGAAAUAAUUCUCUUGGUGUGGCAAAUUGUGGACCUACGUGAGAAAAAGGUCGGGAAGCUUCAUGAAUGUUUUGUCAAGCCAGACACUUUGGAGCUGACAGACCAAUGUAAAGAAGAAACUGGUCUGACUGUUGAAGACCUCAUCAAAGCUGAGCCUCUGGACAAAGUUCUGCUACAGUUCCAGCAGGCUGUGUCAUCAGAAGUAAAAUGCCUCGGCAGGAACUCUUACACGCUUUUGGUGAACAGUCCACUUAUCAUUCGACAGGCCCUCCACCCCGAAGCCUCCAAAAAGAAUAUUGUACUACCUGAGUGUUUCUUUUCAUUUGUGGACAUAAGGAAAGAGUUUCACAAAUGCUGCCCAAAUGCUGGCCCAGUGCAGAAACUCUCACUGGCCUCUAUGUUGGAAUAUGUUGGCCUUCCUGCUGUGUCGGGGCAGAUGAUGUGGGUGAGGGAGCUGAGAAGCAUGGUGCAGUUAACACUCAGCAUCCUGGCUGAGCCCUACAAUCACAUAUUUUCCUGUUUUGAAUCGGUGAACUACAAGUUUGACUCUGGCACAUGCAGUAAGACCGAGCCAGUGGACAGCGAGACAGUGAUCCGAGCACGGGGGCUUCCAUGGCAGUCCUCGGACCAGGAUAUUGCUCGCUUUUUUAAAGGCCUCAAUAUUGCCAAAGGUGGUGUGGCUCUUUGCCUUAAUGCUCAGGGAAGAAGGAAUGGGGAGGCUCUGGUUCGUUUCAUCAACUCCGAACAUAGAGAUCUGGCCCUGGAGCGCCACAAACAUCAUAUGGGGAGCCGCUACAUUGAGGUCUACAAAGCCACAGGAGAGGAAUUCCUCAAGAUUGCUGGAGGGACAUCCAAUGAAGUGGCCCAGUUCCUGUCUAAAGAGAACCAGGUGAUUAUCCGAAUGCGGGGUUUGCCAUUCACCGCCACGCCUCAGGAAGUCCUGUCCUUCCUUGGUCCUGAGACCCCAGUUACAGAUGGUGCCGAGGGUCUGCUCUUUGUCAAAUACCCUGACGGACGGCCUACUGGUGAUGCCUUCGUGCUCUUCUCUUGUGAAGAAUAUGCCCAGAAUGCCCUGAAGAAACACAAGCAGAUCCUGGGGAAACGUUAUAUUGAGCUGUUUCGGAGCACUGCAGCUGAGGUGCAACAGGUCUUGAAUCGCUACAUGUCCACACCUCUGAUCUCAACGCUCCCCCCUUCACCCAUAGUACCCGUCCCAGUCCUCACCACACCCCCCUUCCUCCCAGCAGCCAGCAGUUCUCGCGACUGUGUACGCCUCCGUGGUUUGCCUUACACCGCCGGCAUCGAAGACAUCCUGGAGUUCAUGGGCGAGCACACUGUAGACAUCAAACCUCACGGGGUCCACAUGGUCCUCAACCAACAGGGCCGGCCCUCUGGGGAUGCUUUCAUCCAAAUGAAGUCACCUGACAAGGCAUUUCUGGUGGCCCAGAAGUGUCAUAAAAAGACAAUGAAGGACCGGUAUGUCGAGGUCUUCCAGUGCUCUACCGAAGAGAUGAGCAUUGUUCUGAUGGGAGGAACACUAAAUCGCAGCGGCCUCUCACCUCCACCCUGUAAGCUUCCCUGUUUGUCCCCUCCCACAGCCUAUGCUGCCUUCCCCACUCCACCUGCCAUCCUCCCAGAGGCCCUCUACCAGCCACCCCUGCUAGCAGCCCCCAGACCUCCUCAGACCACAGUACACAGCCAUGCUCACCCUUUGGCAUACUACCCUCAACCACAUCUCUUCAUGAACAUGAACAUGAACUACACAGCUUACUACCCCAGCCCCCCAGUGUCUCCCUCCACAGUUGGCUACUUUGCAGCUCCACCAGGAGCAGUAGCAGCAGCAGCAGCAGUUGCAGCUCAGCCCCACCAUGCUGCAGCCAGUGCCCCCUCUGUGCUGCCUCAGCCGGGUGCCCUGGUCAGGAUGCAGGGUCUACCCUACAACACAGGGGUCAAAGACAUCCUCAGCUUCUUCCAGGGAUACCAGCUGCAACCAGACGCGGUACUCAUCUUGUAUAACUUCAGUGGCCAAUGCAGCGGCGAGGCUUUGAUCACCUUCCCUACUGAGGAGAUGGCCAGGCGAGCUGUUGCCGAGCGCUCAAACCAUCCUUUCUAUGGCCAACAGAUCCAACUUGGCUUCUGUAACUGACCACUUGCGCUCCAUCCCUCUUCAACUCGCUCUGUUUAGCAUCCUGCAGAGGAGCCAUCUGUUUUCUCUUCUUCAGGAACGCCUCCAAACUCCAGUUCUUUUCAGAACAUCUUUUCAACCUUUCUUCUUCUGUGUGACCUACUGUUCUAAACACACCUGGCAGUGGUGGCCCUGACACUCCCGAGGCUGCUGUUGGAGUUCAUGCAUCUGCAUAUGAAGCAGCAGCUGAAUGUUGGGCAAAUGACUGUGGAUUCCAUGUACAGCUUUUCUGUAUUUUUGCUCCUGCUGUUGGAGGCUGGUUGUGGAGAAGAGACGGAACGGAGCCGGGAACAGAAUAUAUAGCGGCUCUGCUAAACCAAACAUGCAGAUAUAUUUAUAUUAUAAAUACAUUUAUAUAUGUCCCCUAUAAAACUGUACAGAUGUGUGUCCUGAAAUGCUUGACAACUUCUACACACAAAUCAUUUAUGUAUUUCUAAAGUUUCACUCUUAAACCACUUAGACUUUUGUGUUUAUGAACGUUUGUGUUAGCGCUUUGCAAAUACAGCUCUGUGUGUGUGUGUGUGUGUCUGUCUGUGUGUGCUUGAAGUUUAUUAUUUGAUGUCCUCCAGCUGUGUAGCUGUGUGGUUGAAAAGAAGAGCCAUAAAGACCUAAUUUAGACUACUGAAUCAGCAUGCUUACUGUCAUGAGUUAGUUUUGAGUAGCAUUGAAAUUCAGGGACUACUUAAUACCACACUGCACCACAGCUGUGUAAGUGUACCAAUUACGCUGACUUUAUUUUGUUUGUUUUGUAA